UCGUCCAAGCACAUCAGUCGAGGCUAAGCGCGACAAGUGCUCAGUUAGCUCGCUCCCUCUAACGGCAACUGAGAAUAUUUGCAGUCGGCGCAUUUAUAAAGCGGCUCCUCCAACGCGACAUUUUUUCAGUGUUUUAGUAAUUUGUGAGGAGCUAAAAUAAUUCUACAAAAUGAGGCUGCUGUUGAAUAAGAAGAGCCUUGUAUGGCUAUCGAUCAUCGCUCUAAUGGUCACUGGUCUGACGCUUGGCCUUGUCUUCGGACUGAGAUCGAGAGAUACGCGGUAUAUUACGGGAGCCGUUGUCUCCAAUGGCAUCGGCUGCGCCGAGGUCGGUGGAAACAUGUUGCAGGAGGGCGGCUCCGCGGUGGAUGCGGCAAUUGCGACGCUGCUCUGCGAGGGCAUCAUGUUGCCGCACUCAAUGGGCAUCGGCGGUGGGUUUGUGGCCACCAUUUAUACGCGGCGUACGCGUAAAGUGGAAACGGUCAUUGCCCGCGAAUCGGCCCCAGCUGCAGCCCACAAGGAGAUGUUUGUCGGCCAGAAGGAGGUAACGGGCGCACUGGCGGGCGGUGUUCCCGGUGAAAUACUUGGCUACUGGGAGAUGCAUCAGAAAUAUGGCCGCUUGCCGUGGAAGGAUCUAUUCCAGCCGUCCAUUAAGAUGGCGCGCGAGGGUCAUGUGGUGUCGCGCUAUCUGGCCGCGGCUAUCAGCUCCAAGAUCACACAAAUCAAAAGCGAUCCGGCACUGGCAAAAAUGUUCCUCAACGAGAAGGGCGAGCCGUAUGUGGAGCACGAUUAUAUGAAGCGUCCCGCUUUGGCCAAUACACUGGAGCGCAUCGCCAACAAUGGCGCCGGCGAGCUAUACGAUGGCGGCGAGACGGGCGUCAAGUUCGUUGAGGAUAUUAGAAAAUUAGGCGGCAUCAUUACUUUAGAGGAUCUUAAAAAUUACAAGUGCCGUUGGGAGAGCGAUGGGAUCAUAUCGGCAAAUGUUACGGGCGGCUUUACAUUAUAUACAACACCAUUGCCAUCGAGCGGUCCGGUUUUGGCCUUUAUAUUGAACGUGAUGAGCGAGCUGUAUUCGGAUAAUGAGCCCAUUUACUGGCAGCGCGUCAUUGAGACCUUCAAGCAUGCGUACGGGCAGCGCACGAAUUUGGGUGACUAUGAGAAUGAUCCGGAGUAUGGCGAUAGCAUAAAGGCGCAGCUGGAGAAGUUGCUUGGUCACGAGCUGGUCGACACCGUGCGCUCCUUGAUAAAGGAUGACAAAACCUCGCAGGAUUAUAUGUACUAUGGCGCCAAUUUCACCGUGGAGCCUGAUCACGGCACCGCCCACAUGAAUGUGCUGGCCAGCAAUGGCGACGCCAUAUCCAUAACUAGUACCAUCAAUACCUACUUUGGCGCCAAAGUGGCAUCACCACAAACGGGCAUCAUAUUGAACGAUGAGAUGGAUGACUUCUCAACCCCAGGCGUUAUCAACAGCUUUGGUGUGCCCUCCUCGCCCGCCAACUACAUUUAUCCACACAAACGGCCCAUGUCCUCCAUGAAUCCUUCCAUUAUUGUCGAUGAAAAUGGCGAUGUGCGCAUGCUAGUCGGCGCUGCUGGCGGCACCAAAAUCACAACUAGCGUGGCAACGGUUAUCAUGAAAUAUCUCAUACGUCGCGAGUCAAUGGCGCAGGCUGUGAAUAACGGUCGACUGCAUCAUCAGCUGAUACCCAUGCAAAUAGAUUAUGAGGAAGACGUGGACGCUGAGGUCAUAGAAUAUUUGCGAGGAGCUGGACACGCGAUGAAUGAUCAUGCCGGCGAUGGUGGCUUUGCUGCAGUAACGGCAAUUGGGGCGCUGCAUGAGCCGGAACCUUUCUAUGAUCGCCGUCGAGUUGGCAGUGUUAUGACCAUCACUAAUACAAAUAAGAUGAAUCAUUGAAUUGGUUCGCAAAUGUGACUGCCAUCAUGUUUCAUCGGCGAUUCGCCACUUUUAAUUUUUGAACUCUCAUUAUAGGAAUAUGUGUAUUCGUAGGAAAC